AUGGCGACUCUGUCUCCUCCUCUGCAUACACAGGCCGCUGCUCUCUGGCGACCACGGCGACAAUGGCAUGGCUCGCUUGAGAGGACCAGCUGCCAGCUGAAGCAUGCCGGGAGAUUGCAGGCGAGGUACAGGGGGCUUGAACCACUGUAUGACGAUGGAUACCAGACGGUGAAGAACCUAGACUACUACUACGAAUCACUUGGGGAAUUGGUGGAGCAUGACAGUGGUCCGCCACGUUGGUUUUGUCCGGUCGAUGCCGGUUCGCCUAUCGAAGAUGCUCCACUAAUGCUGUAUUUGCCUGGAGUAGAUGGAAUGGGGAUGGGGCUAUUCAUGCAUCACAAGGCACUUGGAAGGAUUUUUGAACUUAGAUGCAUGCACAUCCCUUUACAUGAUCGCACGCCAUUCGAAGAUCUUGUUACAAUGGUAGAAGAUGUUGUAAGAAAGGAGCAUGCCACUUCUCCCAAUAAGCCCAUCUAUCUAUUGGGGAAUUCUUUUGGAGGAUGCCUCGCACUUGCAGUAGCUUCCCGUAAUCCACACAUUGAUUUGAUACUGGUGCUAGUAAAUCCAGCAACAUCAUAUGAGAAGUCAGGCAUACAGCAGCUUCUAUCGUUUUUCAGUCUGUUCUCAGAUCAAGCCUGUAUGGCAAUAACAGCUCUAUUGAACUACAACAUUGACAAUGAAGUGCACAUGGCAGUGAGUAGCAUGAUAAAUGGGAAGCAUCCUUUAGUAGCACUGAACAGAUUGACAAAUAACAUGUCAUCUUUCCUGAAGCAUUCGAACAUACUGGACAAGAUACCUGAGGAUACACUGAAAUGGAAAAUGAAGCUGAUCAAACGGGCUGCCUCUUAUGCCAAUUAUCGUCUACAAUCAGUUCAAGCUGAAGUGCUACUGCUUGUCAGCUGUGGUGACAAGUUACUUCCAAGCAAAGCUGAAGCUGACAGACUACAGAAGUUGCUACCAAAAUGCAAAGUCUACUUUUUUGACAAGCAUGGGCACAGCUUACUGUUGGAGUACGGUGUUCAUGUCGCAUCCAUCAUUAAGUGCACCGAUCUCUACCGCCAUUCGAGGCGGUACCACCGGGUUUUCGACUACAUCCCUCCAUCUGCGACUGAGCUGAAUGAAGUAGACAAAGCUACCCGUGAUCUCAGAUUCAGGACCUGCCCAGCGAUGUACUCCACUUUGGAAGACGGCACGGUUGUGAGGGGUCUGGCCGGAGUACCCCAGGACGGCCCUGUGCUGCUCGUCGGCAACCACAUGCUUCUGGGGAUCGAGCUGAUCUCGCUUGCAGCAGAGUUCCUGCGCCUGAAGGGGAUCGUCGUUCGCGGCAUCGCGCACACGCUGCUGUUCCCAAACAAGAAGAGGGCGUGGUCGGAGGGCCAUGACUUCUUCGACUUCCUCAACCUGUGGGGCGGCGUGCCCAUGAUGUACAAGUACAUCUACGAGCUGCUGGGCGCCGGCGAGUUCGUGCUCCUCUACCCCGGCGGCCACCGGGAGGCGCUGCAUUGCAAGGGGGAAGAGCACAGGUUGUUCUGGCCAUCUCAGGCCGAAUUUGUCAGGCUGGCAGCACAGUUUAACGCUACAAUUGUGCCUUUUGGAGUCGUCGGAGAGGAUGAUCUGCUACAACUGCUUUGUACCUUCGAAGAUAUCCGGAGUGCACCCUUUGGCAAGGAAAUGAUGCAAGCGUAUAGCAAUCAUCUGAAGCUAAGGGAGGACGUUGAUCAUGAGGUGUUCUUCCCGGGUCUGUAUCUGAAAAUUCCAGGACGGUUCUAUUACCAGUUCGGGAAGCCGAUUCCAACGAAGGGCUGGCAGGACGUCCUGACUGAUAAGCAGGCUGCCAAUGAUCUCUACAUGCAUGUUAAAUCGGAGGUCGAGCGUAUCAUCUCGUACUUGUUGGAGAAGAGGACGGAGGACAAGUACAGGAGCCUCAUCCCAAGAAUGUUGUACCAAGCUGCUCGGGGACCAACCUGCGAGGUCCCGGCGUUUGAUCCCUGA